AUGCUACGUGGUGUUGUGAUGUAUGUCAGCAGUGCCGUCUACGCCGCCUUCUACCUUAUGUGUGACUUUGGACUCUACUGGAUGUUAGACAUGAUACGACGCCAUUUUGAGGUCAAAGUUCACAAGCCAGUUCCGGCAGCCAUUAAGAUGCACGUACAGGGUGAUGGGAUAAUAGCAGAUAUGUACCGAGCUUUGAUAAGCUUGUUCGACCCCUUGACGAGUCUGGACACUGACUUGGACACCACUAGUUGUUUACCUAACCCUAGCGUCCCCAAUUAUAGUGUUUACCAGACAGUGGGUUGGAUUUACGCUGUUUGUUUUUUCCUUACACUGUUUGAGGCGUAUGGAAUGCGCAUGCGCCACGUCGUCAUGGGUAUGUAUUUCCCUAAACGCGCCCGAGCACGCGCCGCAUGGCUGUACAACCACAUCAUUAAGCAGAGGGGUGGCUUUCUCAAGUUUACUCGGCGACAACUGAGGCGGAAAUAUCAUCAGGACAGCUCUGUAAAAAAGGCCAGUAUCAGAGGAAAGCUUAUAGCACAGUUUCCGUUCCUCACCAAUUUUUUCCGGCUUCUCGGGUAUGAUCGGAAGCGAUGCUUAUGCUGCGGCGCGGAGGGGAAUCCCCGAGAUCUCGUCAACUUCUAUCAUUGCCCAUCGGGAGACUGCGACGCUGUGUACUGCGUGGACUGUUAUUCGGAUAUCAAUAACAUAUGUACAGUCUGUAUGAAUCCAGUAGACUACGGGGAUAUAUCGGAUGAAAGCGAAGAGGUGGAUUCCAGCGAGGAUGAAGAGGAAAGGCAGCGAAAGAUAAAGCUGUCGAAAGAGCGACGCGCGAAAAUAGAAGCCAACAAAGAGGCGAAAACGCCAGCGAUGUUACUCGGCCAGUUCAAAAGCUUUGCGGCUGCCAGCCAGAGGCCACAGAGCAGCACAGAUAGCAGUGCAACGAGCAGUUACAAUAGCGAUUACGACAGCUCUUCGUCAACAAACGCAGAGGAGAUGAAAGAACUGAUGACGAAGUACCAGCAAUUUUUAACAGUGAGCAACAAGCCUUCGGAGUCAGAGAGCAACUCAUCCAACGACGCUAGCAGCGGUAGCAAUCAGUUGGACAAAGGCAGUGUGAAAUCUAAAAAGGACACAUCAUCGGAACCCAAGCAUGUACUGAUACAAAUUUCAAGCAGCGAGUCCGAAACAAGCAGCAGUAGCGACAGUAGCAGUAGUGACAUUAGCAGUAGCGACAGUAGCAGUAGCGAUAUUAACAGUGGCGUGUAG